AUGUCGACCACGGCCUUUGACAAUGCGGCCGACGCUGCUUCUGUGAGCCACGGCCGUGCUCCGUGGUUCCGGUCGGUGCCCUUCCAGAUCGUGGUUGCCUGCGGCGUGUCCUUUACGGCGCCCGGCAUGUGGGAUGCCCUGGGCGGGCUCGGAGCCGGCGGUGCUGCCGAGCCGUAUGCCGUCUCGGCUGCCAACGCCCUCGUAUACGGCCUGUUUGCCGUCUUCUGCGUCGCCGCCGGCGCCAUCAACAACCGCAUCGGCCUCAAGUACGGCCUCGCCAUUGGUGCCGUCGGCUACCCGCUCUACGGCGCCGGGCUCUACACCAACAACAUCAACGCCAACACGUGGUUCAUGCUCUUUGGCAGUGCCCUCUGCGGCAUCUCGGCCGGCUUCUUCUGGGCUGCCGAGGCCGCCAUCAUCAUCGGCUACCCGUCUCCCAAGGACCGCGCCUUCUACCUCGCCAUCUGGCAGACGGCCAAGGCUGCAGGCCCUAUUGUCGGCGGUGCCAUCAAUCUCGGCCUCAACGCCAACCGCGACUCGGCCGGCUCCGUCAGCUCGGCGACCUACAUUGUCUUCAUCGUCAUCAUGUGCCUGGGCCUGCCCAUUGCGCUGACCCUGAGCCCGGCCGACAGGGUCUGGCGCAAGGACGGCACCAGGGUCGUCACCCGCACCGAGGACACCUGGGCUGCCGAGUUCAUGGCCGUCGGCCGCCUGUUUGCCUCGCGCCGCGUCCUGCUGCUGCUCCCGGCCUUCUUCAUCAGCUAUUUCUACAACGGCUUCCUGAGCACCUUCCUGACCAGCUACUUCACCGUCCGCUCGCGCGCCUUCUCGUCCUUCUUUACCAACUUUGCGGGCAUCUUCAGCUCCUUCAUCAUCGCCACGCUGCUCGACAACCAGCGCAUCUUCAUCAAGACGCGCGCCCGCAUCGCCUUCCUGAGCAUCAUCACCAUCCUCGUGGGCACCUGGAUCUGGGCGACCAUCCUCCAGAAGCAGUUCUACGACGCCCCCGAGAAGCCCGUCUUUGACUGGUUCCAGGGCGGCUUUGGCAAGUCGUACGCGCUCGUCUUCUUCUGGACCUUUGGCGGGCAGGCGUUCCAGCAGUUCCUCUACUGGCUCGUGGGCCAGUACGCGACCGACCUCUCGUCCCUCAGCCACCACACGGGUAUCCUGCGCGGCGUCGAGGCCCUGGGCCAGACCGUCGCCUGGGCCAUGCAGUCCGAGGGCAACGCGAACCACUUUGUCAGCAUCGGCAUCAACUUUGGCAUCACCCUGUUGUGCGUGGUCCCGACGUGGAUCAUCCUCAGCGAGCUCGAGCACAGCCACGAGGUCAAGGUCACCGAGCAAGACAUCGUCGCUGCCCGUGCGGGUGAGGAGGCGGGAGUGGUGGGUGGCAAGGAGUCGUCCGAAGCCGAGUCUGCGCGCCAGCAGCCUGCGUCGACUGUGCAGUAG